AGCUUCACAGGAUGUUUAAGCCACAGCAAUCCCGUGGAAUUCAAUUGCUCCUACUCUUCUUCUCCCUAGUAGAGCUCCUCCAUUUCUCUCAUGGCGACGUGGGCACUGCAUCCCAAUACGAUCCCCCAUACAUACCAACGACUUGUUACGGUGAUGACACGAGCCAGUUCCCGGAGAACAAUCUGUUUGGGGCAGCAGGAGAAGGGAUUUGGGACAACGGAGCAUCAUGUGGGAGACAGUACUUGGUGAGUUGCUUGAGUGCGGUGAAGAAGGGAACCUGCGUGGAAGGUGAGACCAUUCAGAUUAAAAUCGUAGACCGUGCGAUUGAUGCGGUCAGCCAGCCUUCCAGUUCUGGCACCACCAUCGUCCUCUCUGCCACCGCUUUUGCCACAAUUGCGAAUUCUAAUGCUUCCAAGAUUAACAUUGAAUUCCAACAGGUUUGAUAAUGGAUUGAUGAUUCAAUUUGAGGAUUAAAGAUAUAAA